AUGAGACGCUACGCUGCGUUGAUGGUAAUCGAUGCUGUUCUGCUGUCGACAAGUCAAGCCCUCUCGAGCUCUCACGCCAGCGAGUUACGCAGCCAGCUAUCUGCAGCCGACGCCAUGUUCCCUUCAGCUGAAAGGGAUGGUGGAAUCCCUAACAAACGCUCUUUGAGGCGAAUCUCAGUGACUGAGAGCAACGACGGUGAACGAGAUGAAGAGAGGGGCUUCCAAAUUUCAAUACUUACGAAGUUGCAGAAGUGGGCGACAAAGAUGAAACUACCCAAGACAACAAAGAAUCUGCAGUUUCGUAUUUGGCCCAAGGAGAAGAAGGACCCCAAGGCUGUGUAUGCGGAGCUCAAGUUGGCAGGAUUGGAUCCCAAGGCCGCGAAAGCAAAUCCGGAGUUUGCAGACUAUCUGGCGUACUCCAAGAUUUGGAACCAUCGGGGUGGUCGAUACAUGACACGAUCGUAG